UAAAUCAGUGAUAUUUAUUCGUAUUUAGUCAUAAUUUUCAUAAAUGUCCUAAGUAAAUUGCAUUACAUUCGAAUUAUCUUUAUAUAAAGUUAAGUUUAAUAAAUCUCUAUUUUUUUGUUUUGUUAAUAUUUGUGAAUUAUUCAUCUACGGCGUGCUAAUUUACUUUCGUGUCAGACACACCUUUAACUAACGACUAGCUUCGCAAUACGUACCUAUAUACAUUAGUUAUGUAUGUAAAAAACUCGUUUGUUAGAAUAUAGUGCUUGAAAAUGUUUAAGAAAUUGAAAGAUAAACUUGCUGAGGAAGUGAAAUCCUCACCACAGAGAAUUCAGCAAUUCGCCCAAGCCGCCCAGGCUGCUGUAACAUCAGCAUCAAGUAGUAUUUCAGAUAUCACAAAUAGUGACCUAUUUUCUAUAGGAGAAAAUGAUAGUCAAACAUUUCAUUCAACUAAAUCACAGCCAUCAACUGUCUCUCAAAGUAAUACUUUUCGAGAUGUCUCGCCCAUGCAAACAACAACAACUGAAUCAACUGAAUACAAUUCUGGACAAGACUUAAGUCAAGAUAAUGAGCGUCAAAGGAGACUGUCUAACAGUUCUUUUGCGAGUGAUGUAUCCUUCAGACUACCCAGCUACGACACACCAAUGAUGUACCACUUACAAUCUGAUAUUGAAGUAUCUGCAAGUGAAGCUGAAGAAAGAGGCUUAAAUGGUAGCACAGUGAGCCUCGAUCGUGUCACUAAAGAACAACUGUAUGCUGCCUAUAAACGAACACAGGAAAGAUACAAGAAAUAUAGGACACAAUAUGGAGACUUAGCCAGACACUACAAGCUCUUAGAGAGAGAAAAUACUAAAGCAAGGAGUGUCUUAGUUGAAACUCAAGAUAAAGCCUUACGGAGAAUAUCGGAAUUGAGAGAACAAUGCUCACUAGAACAAAGUGCAAAAGCACAUUUAGAAAAAGCUCUUCGUGUGGAAAUUGAAGAAAAAAAUAUGAAAAUUGAGACUUUGAACACGAAAAUACAAUUCCUCUCCAAUAGUACAAGUGCAGAAAUUCCUACCAAUAUAGUGGAUAACAAUAAGAUUAUUAUCGACAAAGAUAGCAAUUUACCUUUAAUUAAUUUAGUAGAAAACGAAACAAAGGUGUCCAAUGAUGAAUCGAAAUUGCCAGUGUCAUCAGAUUUAACAGUGUUAAAUGAAAAAAUGGAAAAAAUGGAAUUAUUGAUACAGAAAUAUAAAGAAUCAUUGAAGAGCACAAAAGACAAAAAUUCUCAAUUAAUAACCGAAUUGCAAAUAAUGACUAACAAGCUAGAAAACAAAAGUAAAGAAGUUGAAGAAGUCUCAAUACUUAAUGAAAAGUACAGAGACGCCAGUGCAAAGAUAAAAGAGCUGGAAAAUUUAAAUGAAGAACUUCAAAAUAAAAUAAAUUCUUAUGAUUUCAAUGAAUCGAAAAAAGUUUCUGAACUAGAAACGGAUUUACAAAAGGCAAACGAAGAAGUCCAACACCUUCAAAAGAAAAUAGAAGUAUUUUCUAAGAGAGAAGAGGAAUACGCUAUUUCUCUAGCAGAGAAUAAAUUGAGCAUCCAUAAAGAAUUGGAAAGUAAAGAAUCCGAAAUCAAAUCGUUAAAACAUAGUUUGACCGCUAGUAAAAAAGAAAUACAAUCUCUAAGUAUUGUCGUCACUGACUAUAAAAAUAGCAUAGAAGCACUCGAACAAGAAAAAUCUAAAUUAGUUAUUGAGAAUAGUGAGAUAGCAACCUUGAAAUCUAAAGUUGAAGAAUUAGAAACACAUCUACAAGAACUUAAUAAAAAAAAUCAAAUUCAAGAACAACAACACACCAAAUUGAAUGAAGAAUAUAAAUGCCUGCAGCUUCAAUUAAAACAAGAAAUGGCUGAAAAAUUAGCUAUGAUGGACAGAAACGCCUAUUUAGAAAACCGUAUUUCCCAAAUAUCUGAAGAGAUCUCGAAGAAAAGUUCUCAAGUUAAUCAAUUAGAAUCUAAAUUACAAUCUUUACAAAACGAUAAAAGUAACGAAAGCAUUGGAAAAGAAAAAGAAAUACUGACUGAGCUAAACAUUUGGAAGUCCAAGUAUGAUAAGCUUGAAUCAGAGAUGCAGGAAGAAAGAGAAGAAUUAGUUAAAUUACAAUCGGAAAUAGAAAAGCUGAUUGAAAAUCACGAACAUAUUCAAAAACAAAAUGUAGAAUUUCGGACAACUAUCUCGGAUUUACAGGCUGAAACUUCAAUUUUAAAUCGACAACUAAGUCAUUAUAAUAAAAUAAAAAACGAUACAAAUAAAAUAUUGGCUGAUGUGGGAAAACUACGCGAAUUAAUAACGUUAACUUCGAAAGAUAUUUUCGCGAAUGUAAAAGACCAUGUGGAUAUGAUUAAAACAAUUAAAAUAGACAUUAACAAUAAUAUGAAAGAACUUUCCAACAACGAGCAUAUCAAUUAUGUUAAUAAUGAGGAACUCCGAAAUGAGUGUUUGUUACUUCAAAGAAACAUAAAUGACAUAACAGCACUGCAAUCUGAAACGAAUAAAACUCUAACAAAAUUAAAAGAAGAAAAUGUCUCUUUAACUUUAACAAUACAAAAACUUACUGCAGAUUUACAGGAAAAAAUUGAUGUCGAUGAAAAAUAUUGGAACGCGUCCAAUGAUUUAAAUUCAUUAAGAAGUGAAAAUCAAAGACUCAGUGUACUUAUAAAAGAUUAUGAAAAUACUAUACAAAAUUUGCGUAAUUCAUUAGAUUUACAAAAAUCGCAGUUGUCCACACUACAAGAAGAGGUAAUUUGCCUUCGAAAAGAAAAAGAGCUCUUUGAAGAAAACUUAAACAAAUUGCAGAAUAUUAACAAAGAUUUGGCGUCAGAACAAGACAAACAUAAAAACGCAAUUGCAACAAAUGUAGAAAUGAUUAAUAUUUUAAGGACUAAAAAUGAUGACUUGCUGGAAAAAAGCGAUGAAUUGAACAAUAAGUUAAUAAACUACCAACAACUAGAAGAACAUCAUAAGUUAUUAACACAAGAAAACUCUUUUCUUAAAAGUCAAACUGAAAAUAUCGCAAGCAAUGUACGAGAAUUAGAAUUCGAAAUAAAUGAGGUAAGAAAAUCUCAUUCUGCUAUUGAAUCAGAAAAAGAACAUUUAAGUAAUGUCAUCGAACAAAUAGAAAACCGACGUACAUUGCUAGUUUCAAAAGAUACACAAACAGAAUACAACGAAAUAGAAACGGAACUCGACAAAGAAAAAAACUUAUCUAAUAUAAAGAUAAUAAAUGAACUUAGCGAGAAGUAUGAUGCCUUAAAAGGAGAAAAUAGACGGCUUUUGUCUGACAUUGAAGGACUCCAAACACAUUUAACGAAAACAUCAAAAGAAAACAGCUUACUCAAUGACAAACUCCGUGAGCAAAUUGCAACAAGUGAAACAGGGAACUACAUGUCCCAUGACUUGAAUAAUGACAUUCGGUUGGCUAAAGAUAAAAUUGAUCACUUAACAAGGGAGAAUACACUUUUAAAUGAAGAAAAUCUGGAACUAAAAGACCAAUUACAGUCACAGGAAUAUUGCAAACCUACAAAUGCUGAUCAGUGUUUUGAACACAAAGGUGAAAAUGAGCUGUCUGAAAUUAAAGAAAAAUAUUACACAUUAAUACAGGCUAAUAGCAAAAUAGAACAGAAAAAUAUUGAUUUGGAACAAUUGAACAAAUCAUUGAAUGUAAACAUCCAAGAUGUACAAGCCAAAAACGAAAAAUUGAAACUUUCGAAUGAAAAAAUAGAGCGCAGGCUCGAUGAAGCUUUAGUUAGUUUAAGACAUUUGCACUCUUUAGAAGAAAAUACCGAGCUAGAAUAUUUAAGGAAUAUACUCUAUGAAUACCUUACAGGCUCAGGAACACAUUCCAUUACUUUAGCGAAAGUUUUAGCUGCAGUAGUCAAAUUUGAUGACAAGCAAACCCAAAUGGUUCUUCAAAAAGAAAAAGAAAGACAAGGUUUUCUAAGGCAACUCCGACUCACGUGAGACAGUAACAAAUGUAAUUUAACUAUACUAGAAGAACUUUAGUUAAAAUUCGACUACAGAACAUUAACUUUGUAAAUUUAACAAGCAAAUGUAUUUAUUAAUAAUGUUAUAUAAUAUAUUCAAUUUCAUUAUUGUUUUA